AAUUUGUAAUAAUCAUUGUUCCGGCUACUGAAACUGCCUUUCCAGCAAAUCCAAAUCCAGGUGUCACUUCAAUGGUGGGAACACUCAAAAUGGCUUGUCCUUCUCAUGCUCCAUAUCUUGGCCAUUGGCCUGUGGGCAAUACAGUUCAUUGGUACAAGAUGAAAUGGAAUAGGCAUCUUGUAUUAAGAUGUGGAGUGAACAUAGAUUUUAAUGAUAUACUUCAA